AUGAGUAGCCUAAUUCAGACAGCUGCCAUGUCACAACCGGUAAAUUCCUUCAGAUUCUACGGCUUUUCUCUAGAUCAUCCUUUUGGAAUUGAUCUGUGGUCAAUCUUCUCAAAAUGCUUUGAGUAUAUCAUCGGAUAUUCUCCUAAUGAAUUUGUUUUUAUCUAUGAUAAAACUGCUUUGGCUAAUGGAACCCACGCAAUCGGUAUCGUGGUACUGUAUUACAUCCUCGUAACAUUCGGGAAAUACACCCUGCGAAAGUUUAAUAUCCCACCAAUGGAGUCCACCACGUUAUUUCAGAUACAUAACUUGUUUCUGAGUAUUGUUUCAUUGAUUUUGCUACUUUUGUUGAUUGAGCAGGUUAUUCCGAUGAUUCACCACAAAGGUUUGUUCUGGUCUAUAUGUUCCGUCGAGGCAUUUUCGCCCAAAUUGAUCACAUUGUAUUACCUGAACUAUUUGGUUAAGUUUAUUGAACUGAUAGAUACUGUGUAUCUUAUUCUGAGAAGAAAGAGAUUGAUCUUCGUUCACACCUACCACCACGGUGCUACAGUUCUAUUGUGCUACACCCAACUAAUGGGACACACCUCCGUGGAAUGGAUCCCCAUAGGUUUGAACUUGGCUGUCCACGUGAUAAUGUACUACUACUACUUCAUUACUUCUAGGGGGUUUAGAGUUCGGUGGAAAAGGUGGGUCACCAGAAUACAGAUUAUUCAGUUUGUUAUUGAUGUUCUGUUCGUUUAUUUUGUGACCUAUACUUUCUACGCUAACAAGUAUUUUGAUGGUAUACUUCCUAAUAUGGGGACGUGUAAUCUGACCCAGGAUGCUGCUGCUUAUGGGUACCUGAUUUUGACCUCUUACUUAGUGAUGUUUUAUUCCUUGUCAGUCAGUGGAUUUACAGGCAGGAAGCCAAGAUCCCAAAAAAAGCUCAAACAUAAAAGGAAAACGAAAAACGGUGUCAAGACAAAAAAAUCAUAA